AUGGCGACAGCUGCCUGCUCUCUCCUGCUGCUGCCACCGCUCGCUCUCACCGUUGAGAUUGACUCUAAGAAGAACGAACAGAGCGAGAGAAGAUUCGCUUUUGUCACCCACUUGCGCUACAGAAAAGUCAUCACCAUUCCACUAACAACGUUUGACGCUGCUCCCCAUUUGCAUAGUUACGACGAUAGUCCGAUACGUUGGACUAACGGCACAAGCAACAGCAGCAGAAGCAGCAAAAGUAGGAACAGCUUUGAUCAUUUGCGUGGCGCCAAAACGUUCACCAUUGAGGGAGGCACUAGUACCCUGGACACGACGAGCAUUGGCGGCGGCGUUAACGAUUUACGUUUGGUAAUAACGGCCCAACCAAGCGAUACCAUCGAGCGCAAUUACGAUCAGUUGACCAAUCGAGGCGGUGGCGGCGGAGGCGGAGGCGCCGUUAUAGGCAGCGCCAGCCCACAAUCUCCAACAACACCAGCAGCUAAUCCCACAACGCCCACGCUUGUCCCGGGCAAGACACUGCUCAAUACCAGUCCAAAUUUACUGCCCAUUAUCACUGCAACGGACACAUUUAACAAUCUCAAGAAUCUAGUGAAGAUUGAUAGUAGCAGCAACAGCGGAAACGGCAAAGGUAACGGCACACCAAACUCAAGCAAUUAUCGUGGCGGCGGUGGUGCCAACAGCAACAAGUCAGGCAUUGGAGCUCCUCGUGGUGCAGUAACAGCAGUGGGAAGCGGACCAGUUUCUGGUGGAACAGUUGGUGGCCCAAGCGGACACUAUUCCUCUGGCUAUAACAAGAACUCUGCCAAAAUUCGUCAACACGAUUCGGAGCUAAGCCCAAGACCUCGACGCACUUAUCCCAACGAUUCGUCGUCGUCGUCGUCGCGUUACUAUAACAAAAAUAGUGACCUAUUGGGUGCAGCCGGCAACAACAAUCUUAACAAUCACAUUGGAGGCAUAGAUAGCUCCACAUCCUCGUAUAACGGUGGAUUGCAGCGUGGUCGCAAUAGCUAUCACAACAGCUCAGAUGGCGCCACUGGUGGCUAUCAACGUGGUCUAAGCUCUAACUCUUCUUCAGCAGGUAGCGGCAAUUAUCGCUCCCAGCAGCAGCGCUACGAGCUGGUCAAUGGCAAUGGGCAUGGACAUCGUCAUUACAACAACAGCAACGGGAGCAGCAGUAGCAGCAACAAUAACAACCAUCAGUCGAAUGCCGGCAAGCCAAACUAUGGCUUGAGUGGAGGACGCUAUCGCGACGAUUAUAACCAGCGUGACAAUUACAGGGACAGGGACAGCUACGCAGACGAUAACAACAGCUCGCCGGUGCAUCAACGCUACAAUCAGUCAACUGGGGGAGGAGGAGCAGCUACUGCUGGCGGCAGUCUAGAACGCAACGGUUACGGUGGAGGAGGAGUGGGCUCGGGAGGACGCUAUCAACAGCCGAACACCGGGAGGCAAACGGAUUACGAGCGUAGAAGCCAAGUAGGAUCAGCACCACCACAAGCCGUAGCAGUCAAGUCGGUAACACCACCUCCAGCAACAGCAACUCCUGGCGGCGGAUCAUCUGCACCAGUACCAACUGCAACUAUUACCGGUCGCUGGAUUCCACCCUCAUUGCGUCCACAGCAUGGGCUUACUCAGAGCGAAAAGAAUGAUGCAGUCUUCAGGCGCGUCCGCGGCAUAUUGAACAAACUAACCCCUGAGAAAUUCCAGGAGCUAAGCGAUGAGCUGCUAAAGCUUGAUCUCAACUCGAUCGUCAUACUUAAUGGCGUAAUUUUGUUAAUCUUUGAUAAAGCGCUGGACGAGCCCAAGUACUCGUCUAUGUAUGCACAGCUUUGCAAGCGUUUAUCCGAGGAAGCACCAUCAUUCGAACAGGAUCCCAACAAUUCUUGUACAUUUCUACGACUGCUCAUUGCCGUCUGUCGUGACAAGUUUAACAAUCGUCUAAAGCGCGAUGAAGCGCAUGAUAAUCGUCCACCACCAGAGAAUGAGGCAGAUGAGGAGGAGCGUCGACAUUUGGCAAAGCAGCGCAUGCUUGGAAAUGUCAAGUUCAUUGGUGAGCUCAACAAGCUGGAUAUGCUGUCCAAAAAUGUGUUGCACGCCUGCAUUAUGGAGCUGCUCGAUAAAAAGAAAAAGCGAACAGCGGGCGCGCAGGAAAUGUGUGAGGACAUGGAAUGCCUGGCGCAGUUGCUCAAGACUUGCGGUAAGAAUUUGGAUUCAGAACAGGGCAAAGAGCUGAUGAACCAGUAUUUUGAGACGUUGGAACGUCGCUCUAAAUCAACUGAAUAUCCACCCAGGAUACGCUUCAUGCUAAAGGAUGUCAUCGAGCUGCGCCAAAACACCUGGAUACCGCGCAAAGUCGGUGGCACCUCCGAAGGACCUGUACCCAUUAAGCAAAUACGCUCAGACGAUGAUUCCAUUAUACGCACUCCGUUUGCCAACCGACAGCGUGAUAUGCGCAACAACGAUCGUGACGGCGACAACUGGAUGAGUCGUCUCGGUAGUCAUCUUGGCUAUAAUGACGUAUUUAGCGGACUUAGCGUCACAGGUGCCUCGCCCAUUGUGUCGCCAUUUGCAACCAGCGCUAACAAUCGCGAUAGAGAUCGUGAUAAUCGCUCCUACAAUCAGCGCGAUCGUCAACGCGAUCAGGGAUCAGGCAAUACUGUCGGAAACGGCGGCAACGUGGGCAAUUAUAAUAAUCGCUAUAAUAAGCAUAAUAAUCAGAAUGGCGGCAGUGGCUCGCAUCGUGAGGAUUCGCGUGGCGGCUCUCACAGAAACAAUGAUCGCAAUGCUAUGGAUGAUACCCGUGGUGGCGGUGGUGGUGGUCAAUACGGUAGUGGUAAUAAUGGUGGAUCCUCGAAUACCCUUCUAUUGGGAAGCAAAGAGUUAGCGCCACGCUUCAAGCGUAAUUUGAUGUCCACCAACCAGGACGCUGUCGAGAAUCUACAAAUGCGCCCGGCGGCCAAUUCAUUACUGUUUCGUGCCGCAUCUCAGAAUCAAAAGAUGCCCACACAGCUACCCAUAUCAACGCCACCAAAUGGCAAUAAUAGCAUGGGACAGGCAGUCUCAACAGCUGCACAGCUGUCCAACUCCCAUUAUCCGCUUCUAGGUACGCCCACAUCGCAUCUAAUGCAGCAGACUACGCGUCCAGCGUCGACACCUUCGGCUGAGUACGACACUCGCUCGCUCCAAGGCAAUCAGCAGCAGCCGCAGUACACAGAGAAGAGUCUCAAGUCCACUUCAUCCUCGCCAAACUUUGGAACUGUCAUGGCAGCUGAGGAGAAGAAGUCUACCGAGAGCGGCGGCAACAAGGAGCAGCAGAAGAUUGACGGUGGCGAGCGUCCCACAACACCCAUUGGCGGCAAGCAGGAAAAGAAAAAGGACAAGGGUCCCAACAAGGAAGAGCUGAGCAAGAAAGCCAGUGCUUACUUCAAGGAUAAGUUUUAUUUCGACGAAGAGCAGUCAAAGAAUGAGGAACAGGAGUUUCCAAAGCAAAAUGAAGAGCAAUCUGUCAGCAGCGAUGCAGAGUUGGAAUCAAAGUUGGAGGAUGCUUUUACCACGCUUGUAAAUGGAUUUUUGGAGCUGAAACUGCCAGAAAAGUCGCUCAAGGAUGUGUGCUUGCAACUGCUAAUGGAGGUGCUGGACCGUAUGAACGAUGUAUAUCUGGAACGAGUCGUUCGCUUCCUGCAGACAUUGCGCAAACAGUCCAGCAUUAAGCCAAACGUCAUUGUCGAGAUCUUCAAGCAACUGGUAAACAAGAUGAAUGAACGCGAGGCAUUGAAUAACAGAAUAACUACCCUAGUCGCCUCCGUGCUGAGUAAGGCUGUUGUCUGCGAGCCACCGCUAAUCAAGUUAAAUGACAUUGCUAAUUAUACGGACAACGGCCAGCAUUAUCCACUGUUUCUCCUCGUUCUGCAGCAGCUUCACAAGAGCAUUGGCAAGGCGUUGCUGGAAGAGAAGUUCCGUGCCAGUAAAGUUGAGCUGAUGAACAGUUUGCCCGAGGUGGAUCGCAAUAAGGAGCGUUUGGCUGCUAUUCUAGAAGAUCGUCAGCUGUCGUUUCUCUAUCCAUUGCUCAAGGUGCAGGCCGAGAUGCUUAAGCAACUGCAAAGUGAUCCCAAUCCCAAUAACUUUUACAAGUGGAUCAAGGCGAAUGUGGACAAUAAAUACUAUAAGGAUCCAGGCUUCAUACAAGCUCUCAUGACCGUUGUAGUGAAGUACAUAACCAAGGAGACAACGCUUGCUUCUAACAUGGAUACCAAGGAGCAUCCGGAGAAGUCCAUUACCCAGCGAGAGCAGGCUAUGCUAGAGACCUAUAGCCAAAUGCUGCAGACUUUCCUGGGCCAGAAUGAGCUUCAGCUAAUGGCACUCUAUGCGCUGCAACUUUUCUGUUAUAGCGAGAACUUCCCGAAAGGUAUGCUCUGUCGCUGGUUCAAAUAUUUGUACGAUUCCGAAAUAAUCGAGGAGGAAGCAUUUGUGCUGUGGAAGGAGGAGAUUUCCGAUAAGUAUCCGGGCAAAGGCUCUGCCCUGUUCCAAGUGAACGCCUGGUUGACCUGGCUACAAGAAGCCGAAUCUGAAGACGAUGAGGAUUAAUCAAUUAAACCUAUGCAUAACCACUAUAUAUGUCUAUCACUUCUAUAUAUUUAUUCGCAAACCACAAUUAACUUGAAAAAUGAAAAAAGCAACUGCAAAAAAAAAAUAAGAUUAACAAAGAUAAAAGUUUGAAAUCGCGCUUUGGCAUAAAGUUAGUCAAAUUAUAGUAGAAAACAACUACAACUAAAAAAUAACAAGUUACAAAAGUUAAUACAAAAUUCUUUGAUAUUCAUGCAAGUUUAAUAAUUAUCAUAAUCAGCAAUAAAUAGUCGCAAAAUGUAACAAAACAAUAUAUAAUGUUUAACCUGAUAUUUUAAAAAUUUGUCAAAAGUCUGCUUAUUGCGAAAGUAUAUUAGCCAAUUUCACUCUUUUUUAGCCGCCAACUGGAACUAAUUACUCAAGUUAAUUCUUUCUUAUUAAUCGCACAUUAAAUGUAUUAAUUAAGUAGUUCAAAUCAAAAUAAUGACGACCCAUCAUUUAAUUUAAAAAUCAAAUAUCUUAACCUGCCCCCAUAAAUAUAUAUAUAAUCACAAAGCUCAUAAAGUAUAGCCAGCAAGCUAUUCAUACGUAUGUAUUUUAACUUAAACCAAAAAAGAAAAUUUUAAAUCGCCAACAUUCAAGAGAGCCCUAAUAAAUUGAAAACAACACUGCGAACGGCGAAAA